GUAAUGAUUCACCCGAGAAUAGCACAUUUAAUCAUCACCAGUGCACAAAUAGCUAUGAAUUAGUGUUAUAUUAAGUCGUUAAAAUGUUCCGAAUCAUAGUUUGGCAUCAAAUAACUUCAUGUAUAUUAUGUACGUAUAUCGUUUUCACAAAUUCGCUUAUACUGGGUUCUGUGAAAACGCCAGCGGGUAUCGUCGGGAAGCAAGGAACUGUAUACACCGCAGAAAUAGGCAAUCAAUUCAACUUAUGGUGUAUAACGUACGGCGAGCCGACGCCCGAUGUGAGUUGGUAUCGGAUUAAAAACAACAGCAUGGUGCUCUGUGUCUGUCUGUCUCAUGGUGUCCCAAACAGUUGGUGACUAUGUAUGCCAGGCUAGCAACAGCGCAGACCACGUAGCGACGUGGCUGGUCAUCAUCCAAGCUUAUCAGACCGAGGACGUAGAAACAGAUAACCCACACAUACUGCAGCAACUCAGGAUCGAGGAUCUGAAGGAUGCGGAAGACAAGACGUGGAUAAUCGGAUCAGGUCCUGUGAGAACGCUGGCGGGCAUCGUCGGGAAGCAGGGAACUGUAUUCACUACAGAACUGGGCAAAUUAUUCGAGACGUGGUGCUUGGCGUACGGGGAUCCGCCACCUGAAGUGGCCUGGUAUCGGAUUAAAAGCAACGACAUGGAGCUCGUGACUAUGAGAAACUUGUUACACCUCGACAUCUCGUCCCAAACAGUUGGCGACUACGUAUGCCAGGCCAGCAACAGCGCAAACCACGUAGCGACAUGGCUGGUCAUCAUCCAAACUUACCAGACCGACGACGUAGAAACAGAUAACCCACACAUACUGCCGAGACUCCGAUUUCAUUAUUUAAGGGACUUGGAAAGCAACGCUCAAUGUACGGACAAUCCCUACUUCGCCAACUGUCAUUUAAUUGUGCGCGGCGAUUUCUGUUAUCAUAAAUAUUACUCCAAGUUGUGCUGCAAGUCUUGCCUGAACAUGGGCCAGUUCAGCGCGUUCGAAAAUCACCGGCGACCAUCACCAUCGCACGACAUGAUCGAACACAAAAACAGUUAUAUUACACCAUCUGUAUCUCCUCGAUAGCCUUGUUAUUACAUAUACCGUUAAUAUAAUUCUUAGCUCAAAGUAAAAAUUGUUCAGGAACCAAUAUUGUUGCCGCUAAAGUAAAACUACAAUAUUUACCGCUACCGACGGACUCCAUUAGAACUGAUAAGAAUAACAUUGUUAUAUAACUCAAUUUUAAAGUUUUUAGGGCUGCUUGAACUAAAAAACACAAUCUGUUUUUUGUUUGCCCAAAAACAAUUAUAACUGGGUUUUCUAUCUUAACAUUUACUAUGAUAUUACCCCAGUGCCUCUGAAAGAAGAUAAAGCCGUUGGUUCUGCGCCUGAUCUCUAUCCGGUUAUGCCGAACUGCCGUCUCACCGGACUAUGAGAGUGUAGUAACAGAGAGUGCACCUGUGUAUUGCGCACAUACUGGUGCAUUAUAAUAUCUCCUGCGUACUUGGCUGAUCUCCGUCGAGAUCAACUGCCGUUGCCGAAAUUCGGCUAAGACGCAUUUAUUCGUUCAUUUUCAAAAGAAUUACGUCACAGUAUUCUACCGUUAACUUUGAGCUUUUUUUGCACGUAGUUUCCUUUCUUUUCUUUAACUUCUUUGAGUAGUUAUUUUGUGGGUAACCUGUUUAGACAAACUUUUUCGACAGUAAUCAACGGAGCCUCUGGGCUGUUCCGUAGCUAAAUAGAUAGACAGUUUUUUGUGGAAUAAGUAAGUGUAAAUAACAACUCGGUUACGAUAAUUGGAGUUUAAUUCAUUGUCAUAUUUUGUGUAAGUGUAUUUUUUAUAUUGUGACAAUGUAAAUAGACGAAAAAUAAAUAUA